UCAGAAGCGCGUAAGAUAUAUAAGAGUAAAAUGGCUGCCGUGUAAGUUUACAUCUCGAUCAAAAAGAUCUCUUGGCAACUUGCAACCUCGUGACUCUCCAGUGUUAUUCAUAGUUAGCUGCUCGAUUUCACUGUCUUGUUAUUGAUUUACGAUGGCGAGAAGGAGUUGUGGAAAUAGAAACCUCGCUGCGACUAUCAUGUCGUCGCAAAUCUCUGGAAGAUGCCUCAGAACGAACUUGCUUCCUCGAGAGUUCGUCGAAGAUGUCGAUCGUCGUCUGCAGUUCAAGGAAAUACCUCUACUUCUUGGCAAAUUAGAACGAAACAGCAGCGCCCAGAGUUUUAACAUCAUGAAGUGUGUCCGAUACGUCAAGGAGCUGUCAAGUUUCUUCAACUCUGACCCGACGAUGACCAGUGUGCUGUACGAAAACGAUCUUCCAUUCUUUGCCAAGGAGAGGCUUCGAAUCGGUCAAGUUUUAAAUUUAUUCGGUGGAGUCGAGAUUGUUAUCCAAGUCCUAUUUUAUCCUGUCAUUUAUGGUUUCAAGUCUUGCAAGAUAAGGCCAACGAGAGUGCAGCAAAAUAAUUUGUGGUCAUUGUGCCUUGACUUCAUCCAUAAUAUUUGUCUUGUGGUUGAUGGAGUUGCUACUAAUUUAGCAAAGAGGAAUGAUUUGAUUAGUCAUUUAUUCACCCUUCUAGAGCAGAAGAAAACCUUUACUUAUGCAUCUGUGGUGUUAGAGGAUCUCUUUGGCUCAAGAAAAGAACUUAUCGACCUGGAUAGUAUUGCAAAUAUGAGAAAAUUGUUAAACAUCUUGGACCAGAAUCAGUUGGCAAACCUUUGUCGUGUUUUAUCAUUUUCCCUGUCUGACUUGGAAUCUGUUGAGGAGAGAAGCACUUUACUUGCUCAAGAUGAAGUGGAUAAGAAAGGCUUGUCCCAGAAGGAGGUGGCUGAUAACAAUCAAGCAACACUUAUAGGCUUAAAAGAGUUCCUCCCAAGGAUUGUUAGGCUGGCCUGCCAACCAAUGGUGGAGAGAUCGUCCCAUUUUCCGGACAUGUUUGAUUUCCAAACCUUCUUACAGAAUGUGCUCAUGUCAGAUGGUGAUAUGGAUUUAGAUUUAGAUGAACCAGAUUCAGUAGCACCGAGGCUACAAUCUUCGUUCAAGCUCAUACACGAGGUCAUGCACAAAGUAGAGGUCUUCUAUGUUCUCUGUUUGUUCUUGACAGGAAAGCAUAAAUUAAUUGUUCAGAAGAGGCUGUCAGAGCUAAAAUUGAUUCCUGGAAUGAGCCAGUUGUUUGACAAGAUGUCAUGGCUGAAUGAAACAGAAAGAAUGAAUCCAGAUUUGAUGGACAUAGAGAUUGGAGAUCAUGAGUGCACACCGCAAACGGCAUUAAAGAUCCAGUUUCUACGACUAGUUCACAGCUUUUGUGACCGUCACGAGAAUAAACACCUCCUUUUAACUCCCAGAGAAGUCGAUGAACUUCAGGAGCUUUAUGUUCAAAAUGGCCUUGAGCUUCCUGAAACUUUAUCCAACACCAACAGAAAGCUCUGUUGUGUUGGAGAAAAAGGACUUCUUACCAAAAUUCUAGAGACUCUGAUUAGAUGUCCCACAACGGCACCACUAAGGUUUUGGCUUUCAAGGGCAAUUGAAGGAUUUCUUCGGGGGAGAGCAUCUGUAGGAGACCAGUUGUUUCUUAUCAAGAGGGGACUACUUGAGCACCUUGUUGAUCACAUCACAAGUGAUGAACUGAAGCCCAAGGAAAUUCUGCAAAGUAGCUUUGAUCUCCUUGGAGAGCUGAUGAAGUUUAAUCUGUUUGCCUUCAAGAGAUUUGACCAGGUCAUCAGUGAUAAACAGUUUGAGAAGUUUGUGUCCAUCCUGACCUCAAAUGUAGUGGAUUCCAACAUGUUGAUUCGCUGUCUGGUGUUAUCUCAAGAACACUUCAUGUCAAGCCGCUUCUCCACUGAUUUUUCCACUGAGGCUUGUAAGCUUGGCACUCUUAUCAAUAACUGGGAGCAGAUGAUUUUCCUUCUGUACAAGCUGAUCAACUCAAUCACAGUCGGAACUCUUACACAAGAGAAUGUUAGCUGUCUGAACACCACUCUUGUUUUCCUGAUGUUUGCACACAGGCAUGGACGUCUUCCAGCUUACCUUAUGGCUUUUGUCAGAGAAGAGAACAUUCAGAAGAAUCCAGGAUUUAUCCUGACAAACUUGAGACUUCUGCUAGAAUUCUGGAAGACACAUUACUUGAAGAGAGGAAAGGAUUGCUCUGCUCUUGAACAGAGUUCCUGUAUCAGCUUUGACCACUGGAAACAAGUUGUUGAUGUCCUCUUAUCAGAUUCAUCCUCUAGUACAUCUGUUUUCCAUUACCUGCCUUCAUCUUGCACAAGAGACUUACACAGACGGCUGUCAUUCAGCUGAGGGGCACUAAACAGUGCUCUACCCAGUCAUAUCAAGCUGGCCUUGAUAAAUAUCACCUCGUGUUAAAAUUUAUAUGUAUAUCGACAUUGCCUGCAUUGUUGGCAUACUGAUUAAGAGGUCAAUAAUUAAGAAACACAAUUAGGGCCACAAAGCAAUGACCAUGGCAGCGAUGAUAAAGAACUUUUGAAGACCAGAUUAGUCUUAUGAUACAUUGAUGUUAAUAUAAAAUUAGGUUUGUAGUAAAAGUUAGCUAGAUCAUAUGUGUUCUUAUGCAAAGUUGUAUUCCUGGAUAAAUUAUUGUGGACGGCAAAAGAUUUCGAGCAUUACGUUAUUAAUGCAGAAAAAAAAAAAAGAUUAAUAAUUUUAAUACACUUAGCAAGUGUUUUAAUGAUGCUAAACUUGGUGUUUGAAAAAAAAUAAUAUUCAAUUAUACUUAAAUCACACCAAUGUUGACAUGUAAAGGAAAAUCUUUGAAAAACUCAUAGGUGAUAGUUAGUGCCAAAAAGGUUACAUAUUUCUCACAUAAAGAGAAGUAUUUAGCAAUGUUGCACGUGGUGGUGUUUUGAGUUGUUAUGUUUUUAUUGUUAUAAAAAUAUUGUCACACAUAUUUACUGCAAUUUAACCCAGCUGUAAUUCAAGGCUUUUAUGAGCAUUUUAGGUAUUCAAAGCAAGCAAAAUAAUAUUUUGUGGUAUAUUUGCUUUAAGAGAUUGUGGGAUAGGGUCUUAUUUUCAAAGUCAAAGAAAACUAGGUAUUGAUUGUCUACAUGGUGUAUGCCAAGAAUGAAUCUAGCUAAAAGAGCAUUCUAACUAUUUAUUGCCACAUAACUGCAAUGUAUUAUAACAAUCUUAGUCUUGUAAAGUAUUAAAUUAUUUUUAUGAAGUAUUUUUUGUAUGGACUUGUAUAUGAAGCCAGCUGUUUUAAUAAACAUGUAUAUCCUCUGAUUCAAUC